CCAGCACAGCGACAGUGGCUCAAAGGAUGUGGCGAGAGCUUGGCUGAUGGCACAUGUCGCAUUGGGGCAAGACGAUGUCCGUGUUCUCUGCGGGUGCUGGCCCGCAGGCGCGCCACGUGCCGCAAGCGACAGGGUACGCCGGAGUGCGCAACCACAUCGCUAGCUCCGGCGAGCGGGAGCCUGGAUCUGCCAGCCGCAGGAGCGGCUGGUCGGCCACCAGGGGCUCCUGGCUGCGCGGGUGUUGUUCGGGCCGAGCGGGUCUGACCUCGGCGAUGGGUGCAGCCGCGCUCUCUGUGAGGUGUUUUUCCUGCUGGGCGGGGAAGGCGCGCGCUCCUCGCGUCAGCAGGAGGCAGAAGUCGACGAGCACCGCGGUGCUGAUAGACGGCUCCGACCUGCUUCACCACUUCCACGGGCUCUCCUCGAAGAAGGACAAGCUGGCUCAGAGUGGCGGCCUCUGCAAGUUUGCAGAAUUCGUAAUGCGCCUGCACCGGGAUAUGCCCGUGGACUAUUUCGCAGUGGCGUUCGAUUGCGAAGGUCAAUGCUGGCGCGGCGAGACGUGGCCCAGUUACGCGGCGCUCCGGCAGACUGCCGCGGAGAAGCUGGGUCCGCAGCCGCGGCUGGCGGCAGAGCUGUGCAAGGAGCUCGGGGUUUUUCACGAGCGGCGGAAGGGGUUCGAUGCGUACGACCUUCUCAGCACUCUCGCAGCAGAUGCCAUCAUGCUUCCGCACGAGUCCAUCGUGACAGUGGUCUCAAACCAGCUGCUGGCAGCCCGCUUGGUGAGCCCGCGGGUGAGAUUGCUCCUCCCGGGCGUUGGCGACGCCGCCCUCGACGAGGACGCGGUGGU